AUGGUAUUUCUUCGUCCCUAUUAUCUGUGGCUCACCACAUUGUCCAAUGCUGUCCUUGCUACCUCAAGGAUUGUGGGAAUACCUACUAUUCCUUUUACCACUUCUAAUGACGGGGCGUAUCCAAUUGCGUCCCUUAAAGGAGUGUUGAUAGACUCCAAGUUUACCGAAAGCCGUGAUGAAACCGGAGAGACGUUGAUUCCACCAAGUCUACAAGAGUUCGCUAAAACAUUCGUAGACGACUUACACAGUGUCUUGGGUCUCGAUAUUAACGUCUCCAUUGGCGAUGAAUUUACAUCAGAUAACAUAUUUCUUACACUAGGUGAUCCUAGCAAGUAUACUGAUGCCAGCGGCUCUCCGACUUCCGAGGGGUAUACACUCUCAGUCAACUCUUCAGGGGUUAUCAUAUCCGGUGCUAGUCCCCUGGGUGUAUGGUGGGGUACGCGAACUAUCUUGCAGCAAGCAGUUCUCUCAAAUGGCUCCUUAUCCUACGGGGAAGCCGAUGAUGUUCCUGGGUGGAAGACUCGAGGUAUGAUGCUCGACGCGGCUCGUCAUUAUUAUCCACCAGAAUUUAUAAUUGAAUUAUGCUCUUACAUGAGCUUUUUCAAGCAAAAUACGUUCCAGCUUCACCUGAGUGAUAAUCUAUAUAACAAUGUCGACAUAUACACUAGAGAGCAAUCUUUAGAACUAUACGCUAGAUUCCGGCUAUGGUCUGAGUCCGAAGCUCUGGCCGGCUUGAAUAAGUAUAAGAAUGAGUCUUACACGAAAGAACAGUUCGAAGAGAUCCAGUCGGCUUGUGCUUCCCGAGGAGUCACUAUCAUCCCGGAGAUCGAAGCCCCAGGACACGCACUAGUCAUAGUGCAGUGGAAGCCAGAGUUAGCACUUGAAGGCAGAUUGUCCUUAUUAAAUAUUUCGCACCCGGACUCAAUACCUACUAUGAAAACCAUCUGGAGUACUUUCCUCGACUGGUUCCAUUCUAAGACCGUUCAUAUCGGCGCGGACGAGUAUACCGGCGAUCCUAACGAGUAUAAUCGAUUCGUCAAUGAAAUAGCAGAUUACAUCUACCAAGAAUCUGGGAAGUCCAUCCGCAUCUGGGGUACUUUCCCUCCCAAGCCCGAAUACAACAAUAUUUAUAACAAUAUCUCGGUACAACACUGGGCCUUCUUCGAGGACGACCCGUACCACGAUUACAUCCUGAACAACUACUCCGUUCUAAACUCCGACGACACCUAUUACACCGUCCUUAAAUAUUCCGGAAGUUAUCCACAGGUCGUAAACGUCGCCCGGACAUUCAACGGUAACCCAGAGACAGGCGGGAUAUGGCAGCCCUACAUCUUCGACACGAAAGUCGCCGCCAAUAACCCAGAGAAGUCCAACCCCCUAGUCCUCGGGGCCGUCACGCCCUUAUGGAACGACUAUGGCGCAAACGCAUCCGUCUUCUCCGAAGCUUAUUAUGCUUGGAAAGACGGGAUCCCGGCACUCGCGGACAAGCAAUGGGGAGGUGACCUCUCGGCGUCGGAAUUUGCGGAGGCGUUUUCGGCUUUACAUCCUGUCAUACCGGCCCAAAAUCUAGACCGGGCGAUCCCAUCCGUUGGACCGACAAUAUUCAACUACACCUCUCAAUCGGUCCUACGUAACCAAUACUUCACACCCCUAGCCGCAUGGGCCGACACCACCACCACCGUCACCGACCAGUCCGGAAACGGGUACGACGCACUAGCAAACUGCCCGCUCACCGCAGCUUCCACCUUCGCCAUAAACUCCUCCUGCUCCCUAGCAACGCCCCUCUCCUCCAAAGGCCGGGACUACACUCUCUCCCUGCGCCUUCUCGUCGACGAAGCAGACAAAGACAAAGACGCCACUCUGGUCUCCGGCCGCGACUCCGCGCUCAUGCUGACCCCGAACCUGACCCUCUUCGCCUCGGGCAACUACUACCGGCUGAACACCACGGUCCCUCUACAGACGUGGAUCGACCUGGACGUCGUAGGGCGGGGAAACCGGACGUUUGCGCGCGUGAGUCCCGACGGCGGCGCAGUGGGGGCCGCGAAAGAAGAGGAAGGAGAAGAAGAGUUCUUGGCUGUAUUAGGCGUCAACGGGGUUUCCCUCGUGUGGACGCCUAUCGCCAUCGAGGCGCCGCUGGAGCGGGUUGGUGGCAAGGAUGCCGGGUGGGCGGGGCAGUUGGCGGCGAUGAGCUUGACCUCGGAGGCUUGAGUGGUGGGUGUUGUGCACAUAGCUAGGUUAAGUAAACAGAUACAUAGAUGAUUAGCUGACGGGGACUGCCAUUCAGUCGACUGCUGCUGCUCUUAUAUAUCCACCAACCAGUUCGAGACGGAUAGGCAAAGCAAAAAAUAAUAU